AUGAAACCUCUCAUAGUGAUACUAUUGAUAUCCAUUUCACUCACUUCAAUUCUCUGUCGUGAUGGUGUACCAUUCGAUUACCUCAUGUUCACUACAAUCUACCCAGUUGCCGUCUGUCGUGCUGAUGACGACUCUGUCCCAGAAUCUUGUGAAAUCCCAGAUGGAACUCCACAAUGGUCUAUUCAUGGACUGUGGCCGAACUUCGAAAAUGGAUCAUACCCACAAAAUUGUCACGGAACACCCAAACAUUUCGAUGAGAAUUUGAUCAAAUCGAUUGAGGAUAGAUUGAUAAAAAUUUGGCCGAAUCUGUAUCCGAAGAAAACGAUUCAAUCAUUCUGGAAACACGAAUACGAUAAACAUGGAACGUGUGCUCAGAGUGAGAAGCUUUUUGAGUCAGAGCUGGCUUAUUUCACAGAAGUGAUGAAAGUUUUCGAUUCUAUUGAUGUAGCCGGAGCGUUGAAAUCCAUCGGACCUUCUGACAAGAACAUCGGAGGGAUCGAUUUGAAGAAUUCGUUGGCUGGAGUGUUGGAAGGGAAAAGUUUCGAAUUUAAUUGUUUGAGAGAUAAGAAGACCAAACAAUAUCUUCUCGGAGACAUCAGAAUCUGUCUCAACAAGGAUCUGACACUGCGGGACUGCCCUGGACAUCAUGUUGAUUCUCAUCUGAACCGUGUCAGCAGAUUCGAAAGAUCUACCAGAAAAGGACAACGAGGACAACCACCACUUCCAAGUUUCCAGGUAAGUAGAGUUUACUAG